AAUAGGUAAGGGGGAGACACGGAGGGAGCAAGAUAUAUAUACAAGGAGAGACCGAGGAAGGGAGAAAGGGUGACUGCUGGGGGGGAGACAGACAGUGAGAGGUGAGACAGGAGAGGAACUGAGGGAACCCCUGAGAAAGUGAAGGCAGAAGGAAGAGAUGAGACAGAACCUGUGACUGGGCCACUCACAGUGUGGAAAAGCUGCACAGAAGAAGCCAGUGAGGGUCUCCUGAGGCGAGACGGGGGACAGGCAUCUACCCAGAGACGAGACACCGGCGGGGGGGGGGGGGAGGCACAGCGCGUGCCGGGACAGGAAAGCCUGUGGGUGCACACAGACAGGUGGAGCGGCAGACAUGAUGUCUGUGCUCGUACUCCUCUGCGUGGCCGCGGGGGUCUGGGGGCACGGCCCGGUCCAGGACAGACCGGGCUCAGCGGCGCCGCCGUGCCCGCCGCCGUGCCAGUGCGAGGACGACGGGAUCUUCGUCAUGGUGGACUGCUCCGAACUGGGACUAUCGUCGGUUCCCGAGGACCUCAGUCCUCUCACCACCUACCUGGAUCUGAGUAUGAACAACAUUAGCGAGAUCCAACCCAGAGCCUUCCACCGACUGCACCUGUUAUCGGAACUGCGGAUCUCAGGGAAUCAGCUGAAGUACAUUUCAGGCCAUGUUCUCCAAGGCCUCUACAACCUCAAAGUUCUGAUGCUACAAAACAAUCAGCUGGAGAGACUUCCUGAUGACGCUCCGUGGGAUCUCCCCAACCUCCUGUCAUUGCGUCUUGAUGCUAACCUCUUGUCUGAGGUUCCGGCUGGGGCCUUCAGAGGGGUUCGCGCUCUCAGACACCUGUGGCUGGAUGACAACUCUCUCACAGAGAUCCCAGUCGCGGCCCUGGACUCUCUGCCCUCGCUGCAGGCCAUGACGCUGGCCCUCAAUCAGAUCACAUACAUCCCAGACUAUGCAUUCACCAACCUCUCCGCCCUCGUCGUUCUGCAUCUCCACAACAACCAGAUCCAGAGCAUGGGCACGCAGUGUUUUGAUGGUUUACACAGUUUAGAGACACUGGAUUUAAACUACAAUGAUUUGCAGGAGUUCCCUGUGGCCAUCAGGACAUUAAGCAAGCUUCAGGAACUGGGCUUCCAUAACAACAAUAUCAAAGCCAUCCCUGAGAGGGCUUUUGUGGGAAACUCUCAGCUCCAGACCAUCCAUUUCUAUGAGAACCCCAUCCAGUCUGUGGGAAAAUCUGCCUUCCAGUUCUUACCUAAGCUGCACACACUUUCCCUGAACGGAGCAACCCAGAUUCAAGAGUUCCCUGAUCUGAAAGGAACCACCAGCCUGGAAGUUUUGACGCUGACUCGAGCCGGCCUCUCGGCGCUCCCUCUGGAUCUGUGUGAGCAGCUGCCUUGCCUCAGAGUGCUGGAGCUGUCUUACAACCAGAUAGAGGAUCUGCCAAGUUUCUACCACUGCUCUGCACUGCAAGAGAUAGGGCUACAGCAUAACAAGAUAAAGAGGAUAGAGUCAAACACCUUCCAGCAGCUCACGUCGCUAAGAGCUCUCGAUCUGAGCUGGAAUCUGAUUCAGUGGAUCCACCCGGAUGCCUUCGCCUCAUUUCACUCUUUGAUCAAACUGGACCUGUCCGACAACCGUCUCAGCUCAGUACCUGUUUUAGGAUUGGGGACUCUAACGCAUCUCAAGCUGAGGGGAAACACAGAGUUGUAUGAGGCCUUUAGUCCUGAGCACUUCCCCCAUAUGAGGAUGAUAGAGAUGCCUUAUGCCUACCAGUGCUGCGUAUAUGCCUCCUGUGACAAUUACAAGCCGGGCAGUCAGUGGGACAUGGAGCAAAGCAACGCUGACGAAGACUUAAGCAAGAGGACUGUAGCCAUGUACCCGAUUCACGCUGACACGCACUACGACCCCGACCUGGAGGAGUUCCAAAUGGAAUUAGAAGAAUCCAAAUUACAGUCAAGUGUACAGUGCACACCCACACCAGGUCCAUUCCGCCCCUGUGACUCUCUACUGGGCAGCUGGUUGGUCCGUGUGGGCUUGUGGUCCAUCUCCCUGGUGUCCCUGUUGGGGAACUCCCUCCUGCUCCUCUCCCUUUUUGGCUCACCCAAUUACCUUUCCCCACUCCGCUUCACGGUGGCCUGUAUGGGAGGUUCAAACCUGCUGACGGGUGUGUGCACGUGCACCUUGGCCCUCGUGGACGCGCUCACGCUGGGAGAAUUUGGCCAACACGGUGCCCGCUGGGAGGGGGGUCCCGGUUGUCAGGCGACAGGAUGGGUGUGGGUGUUUGCAUCCGAAGCCAGUGUCCUGCUGCUGACGCUCGCUGCUGUGCAGUGUGGCGUGAGCGUGACCUGUGCGAGGGCAUAUGGGAAGCCCCCGUCCCUUGGAAGCGUACGUCUAUGUGCGCUUUUCUGCCUCGCUCUCUCCCUCACCCUCGCCUCUCUACCACUGGCGGGAGUUGGGGAGUACAGAUCCUCACCCUUCUGCCUGCCUUCACCUCUGCCACCGCCUUCGUCUCGGCUGAUGUCCGCUUUGGGCUUCCCUUUAGCGCUAAUUAUGAUGAACACCCUCUGUUUGCUAAUAGUCACGGGUUCAUACAUUCGCCUUUAUUGGGAGCUACUUAGAGGAGAGUGUGAGGGCCUGUGGGACUGUGCCAUGAUUAAACACGUUGCCUGGCUAAUAUUCACCAACGGCCUCCUCUAUGUACCAGUGGCUUUUCUCUCCCUCUGCUCCCUCCUUGGUCUCCUCUCUCUGGGAGAGGAGGUACUAAAAUCAGUGCUCCUGCUUCUCCAGCCCCUUCCCGCCUGCCUCAACCCCCUCCUCUUCCUCCUUUUCACACGAGACCACUCCCAGUUCGUCUUCUGGCCUCGCCCCAAAGCUCGGCCACAGCUACGUCGAGACCGCACCCUGGACUCGCUGGUUUCAGUUGAAACAGAGAAGAGUUCGUGCUCCGAUUCAUCAACACAGGUUUCCCUUACUGACGCAGACCCUCUCUAUAGUGGGGGGUCCCCCCUCCAACCCAGACUGGAUCCAAUGAGAUUUUCCCAAUGCUCUUCCACUUCCUCUGUUGCUCUCAUUCCUUGCGAGAUCACAGCUGCCACUGACAGAAACAGACUGACAGGAAGCCUGGACGAAGACGAAUGUCUGUCAAGCUCGGAUCAAGAAGUGCUUCACAACACUUGCCCUCGGUAUCACUCAACCACAUCUUCCUCUCAUGCAUGAGCCUCCAAACCAAAAAAGCUGGGACACUGUGGACAGCAGCAGGUCCAGCUACGCUUAAUCAACCCUCAAGCACCUCAAGACACACAGAGACUACUAAGAACUAUGUAAUGUAGUCUAUAAGAACACAACAGAGUGCCUCUGAAAUAGAGAGCACUGAGAAAUGUUCCCUUUAAAAAAAAAAAGACUAUUAAAGGAAACGCCACAAUACAGCACAGUCCAAUGGACUGGCAGUCACUGAGUCCAAAAGAUCUCAGAUAAAAGAUGUUAACAUCAGAAGAUUCAGUGCUUUAGCCAGAGAGUUUAGUGUGUACAUUUUAAUACAGAACUGUGAUCAUGAGACAUGCAGCAAAGAGGUAAAGGAUUUGGUUCUACUUUAACUUAGGUAUCUUAUGUCUGUGUUUUUUAGAAAAUAUAUGCAAUUGCUAAGUCUGUUCCAAAUAAAGGCACUCAUCAGCCACACACACAGACACACACAUUUUACCAGAGUAAGCUAAACAUUUGUCAUUCAUGUAUGUUAUCAGUGGACAGAGUCCAUUUCUCUACAACUGUGUAAUGGCUGUUUAACAAAAAACAUAUCACAACUAAGGUUUCUUACAGUUUACAUGAUUUUGCCUCUGCUCAAAGAGACAAGCAGUUAUAAAGAGUGAAUGGGAUGAAGCUAUCUUUCUACAGACAGGUGAGCAAAAAUGUACAUAGGAUGUAACUACCUCUGAACUAGCAUGGUAUUGACUCACUACAGCCUUACGAUGUUUGUUUCACUUUUAUAUAUGAUAAACAGCAAAUAUAUAAUUUUAUAUGAUAAAAAAUAAAUCCCUAGUUUGUAAAAAACUUUUCUUGCUAUCUAGGAUGUACAUACUAUGUAUACUGGUAAGCAUAUAUUUGAAUAAAAUUAUCUUACAACUGUA